CUGCGCGUUUCUGCGGGUCGGCGAUCGCUGAUGGACGUUUUAUUAAUCAGAAAUUAGCUGAAUUUGUUUAACAGGCUUUCUGAUAUUUUUCCCGAUCGCUACAACCCGAGGGGGACAUCUGCUCGUUUUUUUCCUGUCAGCUGCUAAAUGGAAAUAAAACGGGGAGCUGAAAGUGGAGGCAGUCGAGGUAAUGAUCUUCCAGUCCACUAUCUACGCCUCCUGGCCCCUCCCUUGCAGCUCCUGUCAGCCGCAGUGUGGCAAGUCGUGCAGCAGGGACUUGUGGACCACUAUGGGAUGCUGGAGGAGUUUGUUACCAUGGUGACAGAACUGGUCCCAGAGCUGAUGAGCUAUAGUCAGAGGGCUCAGCUCAUACUGGGACUCAGGGCCAGGCUGGUUCUGGAGAUGUGUCGAGGUGAGCACCCGGUGGACAUGCAAACCAUUCAGCCUCAUCUGGACAGAAUUAAAGCUCCCGUCAGCACUGCCAAGGAUCACCAUGUAACCAUAAACCAGGUGGAGGAAUCUGAGGUGAACUUUGUGGAGUUGGUGCAUUCAUUACUGGAGGAUCCCUCUGAAAGAAAAUAUUUUUUCCAGGAAAUCUUCCCUGUAUAUUUUGGGCCAAAGUAUGAUGCUGCACUCGAGAUGCUGGUGUGGGAGUUCAUAUCAAGACUGGAGGAGCUGCUGCCAGUUCCAGACUUCACACAGUUGGCAGCUUUGCUCGGAGAUGCGCCGUCAUUCCUCGAUGACUGUUUACAAUCCUUCUUUCCGCCAGACGACGUGAAGGCUGUGCUGGAACACCACAGGAACCUCGGUCAUUUUGAAGAGAAAGAUCCUAGAUUAUUACCGAUGGAUGACUGCAUUCUCUCCUCCCUGUCUCUGCCUCCUGGGAGCAAACCUGUCACUGACACCUCCUCAUGCUCACCUGCUCUCAAAGAGUCAAACCCUCCAGAGCACAAAGGAAGUCUCGACGCUCCCUUCAGCACAAGCCGUCUAGAGAGGGCGAUCAGGAGGAGCUCUGAGACGCUGAGACAAACACUGAAGGAGACGAGAGACUCGGGCAGCUGGCAGCUGCAGGUUAGAGGCGGAAACACUUCUCAGGAGGGGAGGAUGCAAAACUCAGUCAGUGCACGACCAUGUGAUGAAACCAUAGACCUCACCACGCCUAAUGAGACUGCGGAUACAGACUCAGCAGCCAAUGACAACAGCCAAAGCUUGAGAGGAGGGCCUGUUCUCAGGAAGAGGAAGCUGAGCGAAGGCGUGGAUAUUCCUGCAAAACAGCCUGCCGAGGCGACACCUUUCUUGGAUUCAUCAGUGGACGAUGAGAAUUCAGGAGAAUCUCCUCUGAUCUCCAUAUGGGGAGAAUAUACAGACUCUCAGGAAGGUUCUUUCCCAGUUGUGACGGACACAAAAGUUCCCUGGUCAGACGAGGAGACGCUCAAUCUGCUCGACAUCUGGGGGAAGGACUCGGUGCAGCGAGCUUUGAAGGGCUGUUUAAAAAACCGCCACAUAUUCACACAGAUCGCUCAGAAGAUGGCAGAGAGAGGCUACAUGAGAACGGUGGAACAGUGUCAGACCAGGAUCAAACGGCUGAAGAAGAGCUUCCGCCAGAACAACAAAGGGAACUCCAGGCUGGAGUAUAAAUUCUACGAGCAGCUGAAGCGGGUUCUCGGCUCCUCAGCUCCCUCAGCUGUUCCUGAGGUCACCUAUGAUGUUGAAGAGGUCAUCGAUGAGGACGAGUCCCAAGACGGAGAUGAAGACUUGCAGUUUCUUGGUCAGACGAGUCGACUGGAAAUCGGAACCAGAAGUGUUCCGUGGACAGACUUCGAGACGUUGGCCCUCAUCAACACGUGGGGAGAGGACAAGAUGCAGCAGGACCUGAGAGGAAUGCACAGAACCGGACACAUUUUCUCCGUCAUAUCCAACAAGAUGUCUGCGCAGGGCUUCUCCCGCACACCCGAGCAGUGCCAAACAAGACUGAAAAGGCUGAAAUCAAAUUUUAGACAGUGCUACCAAAACAACAUGAAGGGACUGGAGCAAGUAGAAUGCAAGUUUUACAAUGAACUGGGAAGAAUUUUAGUGAAGGACUUUCAGUCAGUGCCGCAGCUGGAGGAAAUAACAGGAGAGCCCGAAGACAACGACUUUCCCUCCUUCUCCCAUCAGGAUAUCGAGUCUGCUGUGGGAGCUCAGGAAGAGAGCAGGAAAGUCCCCUGGUCUGACAAAGAGACCAUCAUCCUCCUGGAGAUCUGGGGAGACCCACAGGUCCAGCAGAACAUGAGACGAUACCCUCACAACGGUCACAUUUUUACCGAAAUAUCAGAGAAACUCGGCGCCAACGGCUACUCCCGCAGCGCAGGGCAGUGCCACACCAGGAUCAAACGGCUGAAAGCCAGCUAUCGGCAGUGCCGGGAAAACAUGAGCUCCUCUGGGACGGAUAGAGUCGACUUUAAGUUUUAUGAUCUGCUGGAACAAAUUCUGGACAAGCAGCCAUCCACAUCCUCCGCUGUGGUGACGGACCACAUCGAAAUAUCAGAAGACUCCAACAGUGAAUCAGUGAUGGAAACAGAUGGAGAAAUCAGCAUGUCAGCAGAAAAAAACACAUCCAGCUCCUGGUCCAAUGACGAGACCCUGGCACUUAUUGAGAUCUGGGGCGACGAGGACGUUCAGAGGGCGCUAAGGGGUUUCGUCCACAACGGACACGUUUACGCCGACAUUUCACAGAGAAUGCAGGACCUCGGCUACUUGAAGACCUCGGAGCAGUGCCGCUGGAAAGUCAAAUCACUAAGGACAAACUUUCGACAGUGCUACGACAGGAAGAAAUGUGGAAGAAGAGUCGAUUAUAGAUUCUACAACCAGCUGGAACAAAUACUCGGACAGGAGGCAGUUUCUAUCGAUGAGUAUGAUGAAAGAGACGAACAGGCAGACCAGGAUCCAGGUGCAGACGGUGCAAACACAGCGUGGACGGAGCAGGAGACUGCCGCUGUCGUGGAGAUCUGGGCUGCAGACGAUGUGCAGCACAGCCUGAAAACAUGCGUCCGCAACGGGCACAUAUUUGCAGACAUGUCGGAGAAAAUGGCCGCCUUAGGAUACCUGAGGACGGCGGAGCAGUGCCACUCCCGCAUCAAACGUUUGAAGAAGACUUACAGGCGCUACUGCAACAGCCGCAGAAGUGGAGGACGUCCAGCUGCGUUUCGAUACUUCCACCUCCUGGCUCCGGUGCUCGGUGACGACUCCAUGUAUGCUGACGUGGACAGUACUGCUGCUGACACCACCUUGCAGCCCUUCAUGGACAAAGAUCCUGACAUGUACGAGCAGCCGUCAGGCAGCCACCUCUUGGCCGACUUAAGCAGGAAGAUGCCGUGGUCGGACCAGGAGACUCGCACCCUGCUGAAGAUCUGGGGGGAAGACAAUGUCCAGCUCACCCUGAAGGGUUGCCUGAAGAACCGCCACGUGUUCGAGUACAUCUCUGAGAGGAUGAGCGACAGAGGAUUCACAAGGACCUCAGAGCAGUGCUACACCCGAAUGAAGCGCCUUAAACAUGGCUUCCUCCAUGAAAAGGAGGAUUUUAAAUUCUUCAGUGAGAUGGACGAAAUCUUCAGGAAGGAGCUGAAAGUUGACGGCUCAGUCGCGGACACAUCAGUCACAGAUGAGUCAGACGACCCCCCGCAGAAGAAAGUUGCCUCAGGUACCCAGUGGAUGGCCGACAGCUCUAAGCUGGCCUGGAGCGAUGGGGAGACCGAGGCCCUCCUGGACAUUUGGGGGAGCGAGGAGAUCCAGGAGAACCUGAAGGGCUGCACCAAGAACAAACACAUCUUCAUCCAGAUCUCUGAGGUCAUGGCCAGCCAGGGCUACAUGCGAACUCCUGAACAGUGUCAGACCAGAAUAAAGAGGCUGAGGGCCAAUUUCCGACAAUUCCUAGAGGGCAGGAAAGGAGAUAAACAGGAAUGCAAGUUCUUUGACCAGCUGGUGCAAAUAUUUGGAAGCAAGUAUGUAAUAAACUCUGACCCCCUGGCCGACGACACAGCUGAUAGCGUAGAGACCUGAAACUGUCCAUCAUUGUUGAGUCGAAUCACAGAGACGCAGCAGCUGCAGAGACAGGGGGGACAUCCAGAAGAAAAAAACAAGGACUAUUGAGCAGAAACUGUUACAUUAACGGCUGUGGUGUGCAGUUCUUUACAGAUGACGUUUGCCUCAGUACAUAUUUCAGAUUCUUUUACGUUCUUCAUACACACUGGAUGUGGUAGUGUGUGUGCGUUUGUGUGCGUGCAUUCGUGUGUGUGUGUGUGUGUGUGUGUGUGU